AUAUAUAAAAUGACAAAAACCUGGGAACCGUCGAAUCAGAUUACCGAGAGAGACGACGAGGGGCGUUAUCUGCUGUGACCGACUGACGACCACCAACUCUCCUUUCCAUCCCAACGACGCCACGUGUCUUCCGAAGCUUCCUCUUCACAUAAAAGAGAAGAACCCAAUCCCCAUCUCUAUCCAUGGCUUUCAGCGUAUAAAAGAAUCUAUUUUUGCCUCGAACCGAGCACCUCCUACCACCGCCUCCUCAUCUCAUCUCUCCAAAAGAGAGAACCUUUGUCAUCUUUCUCUCUCUAUAUCAUUUGGGUCUUUCCUUUUUUUUUUUUCUCGGUUUGGUUUUGUAUUUCAGUUGAGGACUUUCGUCGAACAGAUAUGGAUCACGAGGCCGACGCUUACCGGACGGACUUGAUGACCAUUACGAGGUUCGUUUUGAACGAACAGUCUAAGUAUCCAGAGUCUCGUGGUGACUUCACUAUCUUGCUAAGUCAUAUCGUUCUGGGCUGCAAAUUUGUUUGCUCUGCUGUUAGCAAGGCGGGUCUGGCAAAACUCAUUGGACUUGCUGGAGAGACCAAUGUGCAGGGUGAAGAGCAAAAGAAGCUGGAUGUGCUUUCAAAUGAAGUUUUUAUCAAAGCUUUGGUCAGCAGUGGACGAACUAGCAUCCUUGUGUCAGAAGAAGAUGAAGAAGCAACAAUUGUGGACUCAUCCUUGCGUGGAAGGUACUGUGUUGUUUUUGAUCCUUUGGAUGGUUCCUCCAACAUUGAUUGUGGUGUUUCAAUUGGGACGAUAUUUGGGAUUUAUGCAAUCAAAGAUGAUCAUGAACCUGGUCUUGGUGAUGUCUUGCAACCUGGGAAGAACAUGUUGGCUGCUGGCUAUUGCAUGUAUGGAAGCUCAUGCACGCUUGUGUUGAGCACUGGUGAAGGAGUUAAUGGGUUCACACUUGAUCCUUCUCUUGGGGAGUUCAUACUAACUCACCCAAACAUCAAGAUUCCCAAGAAAGGGAAGAUUUACUCAGUGAAUGAGGGAAACGCCAAGAACUGGGAUGAACCAACUGCUAAGUAUGUGGAGAAAUGCAAAUACCCUACUGAUGGUUCUUCUCCUAAAUCUCUGAGAUACAUUGGAAGCAUGGUUGCUGAUGUUCACCGCACAUUGCUAUAUGGGGGUAUCUUUUUAUACCCUGCCGAUAAGAAGAGCCCCAAUGGGAAACUGCGUGUAUUGUAUGAAGUUUUCCCCAUGUCAUUCCUGAUGGAGCAAGCUGGAGGUCAAUCUUUCACCGGCACUCAACGGGCACUGGACUUGGUUCCCAAGAGCAUCCAUGAACGUUCUCCAAUAUUUCUUGGUAGCUAUGAUGAUGUUGAGGAAAUUAAAGCACUCUAUGCUGCUGCAGAGAAGAAAGAAUAGGCUCACGUUUGGCAUCUUGUACUAAGUACAUAACUCAUCUUUACUUCGGUUAUUAUACUAAAAUCCUUUCUGAUAAUCUAUUCCAAAGAUGAAACUUUUGUAAGUAUACAAUUAUGAACGACUAAACAAGUUUCAAUCUUUAUAUUGAAUAAGCAAGUUCCAAUUCAUUUUGA